AUAUGAGACGCUUAAAUUGAUUGUUAUAACAAAACAUCAUAUAUAGCAAAUUUAAAUAAUCAAACCAAAUAACCUAAUUCCCUGAAAAUAUUAGACCGUCUUAAUAUCACACGAGCUAAUCAAAAUGGCAAUAAGAGAGGAAAAUAUUUGCAAUAUUGGCAUGAGAUCAGUUCAAAUUGUUAAUGAUACCAUUUUUAACGUCCCCAAAGAGGAAAGUCCACCAACUGAGGGUUGAUUCUGAACGUUUUAAGAGUACAUGACCCUUUUCGUAAAUAAAGGAAAUUUCAGAUGCAGCGUCGUCUUCGUCCUCGCCUUCGUCACCACCUCCUCACACAUCGCUCCGAUAAAUAUAUAAUACCCCUCGGAAUCUAUCUAUGUCUGAAUUCAGCCUUUUCCCAAUUGAUGAAUUAAAAAAAUAAUCAAAGUUAAACUGUCCUUUUCUCGUCGGAUAUUAAACUGUUUUCCUCUGGAUUCACUUCCAGAGAAAGUAUCUUCCUUUUUGACGUCUGCACAGAUCCUUCCCUCGGAGCUAAAUCUGCUGGAUUUCAACCUGAUAUGCUCGAUCUGAGAAGCGAUGCUUGUACCGCUGAAGACGAAGCCUGCCCACUAUUUUAGAAAACUUUCACAGUGAUCUUCUCGGCUUUCUUGGGAAAAUGGGUUUCACAUUGUGAUAAGAAUACUGAGUAAGGAUUGUUGGAGGGGAUUGCCGAUUUGUUUUCUGCCAUCUCUGGGUUUGAACCAAAGUUCAAACUACUUUAGGCAACAGGGUUUUGAUACACUAGAGAUUCUUCAAGGUUACAAAGAAUGGGUUCCAAAUCUGUCUUGGACAUAAUGGAAGCCUCUUCAGGGGUCCAUCUUUCCGGUUUCCACAUCAAUGGGUUGAAGAAGACAACAUUACCAGAAAUUAAUUCAGAAUCAGACGAUAUGCACAGCCAACCUUUUAUUAUAGGUGUUGCUGGAGGCGCUGCUUCGGGAAAGACUGCAGUUUGUGACAUGAUCAUUCAGCAACUGCGUGAUCAGCGUGUUGUUCUUAUUAAUCAGGAUUCAUUCUACCAUAAUUUGACUGAAGAAGAACUUGCUAGAGUUCAUGAAUACAACUUUGAUCAUCCGGAUGCAUUUGACACCGAGCAUUUAUUAUGUUGUAUGGAGAGAUUGAGGAGAGGCCAAGCAGUGGACAUUCCAAAAUACGACUUCAAAACUUACAAGAGCAGCAUUUCGAGAAGGGUAAACCCUUCAGAUGUUAUAAUUCUUGAAGGAAUACUUUUAUUCCACGAUACUCGUGUCCGAGAGUUGAUGAACAUGAAGAUUUUUGUUGACACGGAUGCUGAUGUGCGUCUGGCAAGAAGGAUAAAACGUGAUACUGCCGAGAAGGGUAGAGAUGUCGGCACAGUACUUGAUCAGUACUCCAAGUUUGUAAAGCCGGCUUUCGAUGACUUCAUUCUUCCUACGAAGAAAUAUGCAGAUAUCAUAAUUCCUCGUGGUGGGGAUAAUCAUGUAGCGAUCGACUUAAUCGUGCAACAUAUUCACACCAAGCUCGGUCAGCAUGAUCUCUGCAAAAUAUACCCUAAUCUAUAUGUUAUUCAGUCGACAUUUCAGAUACGAGGUAUGCACACCCUUAUACGAGAUUCCCAGACAACCAAACAUGAUUUCAUCUUUUAUUCUGAUAGAUUGAUCCGGCUGGUUGUAGAACAUGGGCUUGGGCAUCUACCAUUUACUGAAAUGCAGGUUAUCACUCCUACCGGAUCUGUGUAUUCCGGUGUGGAUUUCUGUAAAAGGUUAUGUGGUGUCUCUGUCAUUAGAAGUGGUGAGAGCAUGGAGAAUGCAUUACGAGCAUGUUGCAAAGGCAUCAAGAUCGGUAAGAUCCUGAUUCAUAGGGAAGGUGACAAUGGUCAACAGCUUAUCUAUGAGAAAUUGCCAAACGACAUCUCGGAGAGGCAUGUCCUAUUGCUGGAUCCUAUUCUCGGCACAGGAAAUUCAGCGGUCCAAGCUAUUAGCCUUCUUAUAAGCAAGGGCGUACCCGAGUCCAACAUCAUAUUUCUAAACCUUAUCUCGGCACCUCAGGGCGUUCAUGCCGUCUGCAAAAGAUUCCCGAGAAUAAAGAUAGUGACCUCCGAGAUUGAAAUUGGGUUGAACGAAGAAUAUCGCGUAAUUCCUGGUAUGGGCGAGUUUGGGGACCGAUAUUUUGGCACAGACGAUGACUUUGAGGAAACAAUGGUGGUCCUGUAGCAGUAAUCCCUUCUUCCAUGGCUGCAGAUUCAUUACAGCUCCCCACGAACUAUCAAAAGGAAUCGCCUUUACGUUUCCCAAUAUUUUAUGGGAGCAAUUUUGAUUUACUUAAUAACAAUACCAUAAUACCCACAUGAAAGGUUCGAUCGAAUUCUGAACUCUGAACUCAGCUGUGUACCAUAUUAUUAUUAUAUGAUAUAUCUAUCCUUUGAACUUCUGAGAUUCCAUAUCCAAAAUGCAUUGUUUGGUUAGGACAAGAGAUCUUAAAUCUCUUGUAAGGCCUUUUUGUACUUUUGUGAGACGACACUUGCGGUUCUGUCCAUUAGACUGCUUUUGUACUGUACCUC